AUGGAAGGUAAGAGUGCAGGCCUUUGUAUCCCACUGGGCACAAAUAUAUGUUUGCAAUUCCCAGUCGAUUCCCGGAGGAGGAUUCAACCCCCACUUGGAGAAAAAUUCACUGGCAACGCCUUUGUUCUUGCUUCGGNAAAGCAAAUAUUAAAGCAAAAAGAUAGUUUCAGCAAGAGUGCAGGCCUUUGUAUCCCACUGGGCACAAAUAUAUGUUUGCAAUUCCUAGUCGAUUCCCGGAGGAGGAUUCAACCCCCACUUGGAGAAAAAUUCACUGGCAACGCCUUUGUUCUUGCUUCGGUGUCAUGUUUAGCCAAAGACCUACUAGAAGAACCUCUUCACACCACUAUUUUGAAGAUUCAGGCGGCAAAAGCUGUAAUCAUAGAUGAAUAUAUUAAACUAUAUGCAAAGGCACUUGAGUCUACGGAUAAGUUCUUCCCAUCUAUGCGAGAAUUGACAAUAGUAACAGACUGGUUGAAAUUUCCCUUCCAUGCACUUAAUUUUGGAUGGGGAAAGGUUUCUAGUGCAGCUCUUUUGGCAACUCCGGCGGCAAAAGCUGUAAUCAUAGAUGAAUAUAUUAAACUAUAUGCAAAGGCACUUGAGUCUACGGAUAAGUUCUUCCCAUCUAUGCGAGAAUUGACAAUAGUAACGGAUUGGUUGAAAUUUCCUUUCCAUGCACUUAAUUUUGGAUGGGGAAAGGUUUCUAGUGCAGCUCUUUUGGCAACUCCGGUACCGAAAACUGCUUUUUUUAUGUUAAACCUGGAAGAACCUGAUGGUUACUUGGUAAGAAUGGGAAUUGGAGCACAACAUGCGCAUAGUUUCAUGACAUACUUCAAAAACUCCAGCUACUAA